GCACAGGCAAGCCAGAAUUUCAGGUCCUCUGGAGGAUUAGUCUCUGUGACCUUCUCCUCUCUGGCAAAGAGGAUUUAGAUGGGAUUUCCUUGCAGCGGGGAUUUUGUCUUAGUGAGGGCUGCAGAACUGGGCCUGCUGCUUCUGGGACGAGCUGUGUCAUUCCUCCUCACUUCGCUGCUGUGACCUCCUCCACCUCUGCUCCUUUGUACCUGGAGUGAAGGCUAUAUCAGAAGGACAUCGGGGAGAAAAAGAGAUUUCACACUGUGGUAUCUUGUGAGGAUCUGUGUAUAGGAUGUUAAGUGACCACUUAUUUGUCUUCAGCGAAGAGGAAAUUUGCAGAUUCCUUAAAUGAAUUUAAAUUUCAGUGCAUAGGAGAUGCAGAAACAGAUGAUGAAAUGUGUAUAGCAAGGUCUUUGCAGGAGUUUGCCACUGUUCUCAGGAAUCUUGAAGAUGAACGGAUACGGAUGAUUGAGAAUGCCAGCGACGUGCUCAUCACGCCCUUAGAAAAGUUUCGGAAGGAGCAGAUUGGGGCUGCCAAGGAAGCCAAAAAGAAAUAUGACAAGGAGACAGAGAAGUAUUAUGGUGUCUUAGAAAAACACUUAAAUUUGUCUUCCAAAAAGAAAGAAUCUCAGCUUCAGGAGGCAGACAGUCAACUGGACGUGGUCCGACAGCAUUUCUAUGAAGUAUCCCUGGAGUAUGUCUUCAAGGUGCAGGAAGUCCAAGAGAGAAAGAUGUUCGAGUUCGUGGAACCUCUACUGGCAUUCUUGCAAGGACUCUUCACUUUCUAUCACCAUGGUUAUGAACUGGCCAAGGAUUUCAGUGACUUCAAGAUGCAGCUGACCAUUAGCAUACAGAACACAAGAAAUCGCUUUGAAGGCACCAGGUCAGAAGUGGAAUCACUGAUGAAAAAGAUGAAAGAGAAUCCCCUUGAGCACAAGACCAUCAGUCCCUACACCAUGGAAGGGUACCUCUACGUUCAGGAGAAACGUCACUUUGGAACUUCUUGGGUGAAGCACUACUGUACAUACGAGCGGGAUUCCAAACAAAUCACCAUGGUACCGUUUGACCAAAAGUCAGGAGGAAAGGGGGGAGAAGACGAGUCGGUCACCCUCAAAUCCUGCAUACGGCGGAAAACAGAUUCUAUUGAGAAGAGGUUUUGCUUUGACGUAGAAGCAGUAGACAAGCCAGGGGUUAUCACUAUGCAGGCACUGUCAGAAGAGGACCGGAGGCUCUGGAUGGAAGCCAUGGAUGGCCGGGAACCUGUCUACAACUCGAACAAAGACAGUCAGACUGAAGGAAUGGCACAGUUGGACAUCAUUGGCUUCAACAUUAUCAAGAAAUGCAUCCACGCUGUGGAAACCAGAGGGAUCAAUGAGCAAGGGCUCUACCGAAUCGUGGGGGUCAAUUCCCGAGUGCAGAAGUUGCUGAGUAUCCUGAUGGACCCCAAAACGGCUUCUGAAACAGAAACAGAUAUCUGUGCGGAAUGGGAGAUCAAGACCAUCACUAGUGCUUUGAAGACCUACCUAAGAAUGCUUCCAGGACCACUCAUGAUGUACCAGUUUCAAAGAAGUUUCAUCAAAGCAGCAAAGCUGGAGAAUCAGGAGUCUCGGGUCUCUGAAAUCCACAGCCUUGUUCAUCGGCUCCCAGAGAAAAACAGGCAGAUGUUACAGCUGCUCAUGAACCACUUGGCUAAUGUUGCUAAAAACCACAAGCAGAAUUUGAUGACAGUGGCAAACCUGGGCGUGGUGUUUGGACCCACCCUGCUGCGGCCUCAGGAAGAAACGGUAGCAGCCAUCAUGGAUAUCAAAUUUCAGAACAUUGUCAUUGAGAUCCUGAUAGAAAAUCAUGAAAAGAUAUUUAACACCAUGCCUGAUAUGCCUCUCACCAAUGCCCAGCUGCACCUGUCUCGGAAGAAGAGCAGUGAUUCUAAGCCCCCGUCCUGCAGCGAGAGGCCCCUGACGCUCUUCCACGCCAUGCAGUCCACAGAGAAACAGGAACAGAGAAACAGCAUCAUUAACUCCAGUUUGGAAUCUGUCAUCUCGUCAAAUGCAAACAGCAUCCUUAAUUCCAGCAGCAGCUUACAGCCCAACAUGAACUCCAGUGACCCAGAGUUGGAUGUGCUCAAACCCACCCGGCCCAGCUCACUCCCCCCGAAUCCAAGCCCAACUUCACCCCUCUCGCCAUCUUGGCCCAUGUUCUCGGCGCCAUCCAGCCCUAUGCCCACCUCAUCCACGUCCAGCGACUCAUCCCCCAUCAGGCCAGAAGAAGCAGUUCAUGAAGACUCCAGCACACCAUUCCGGAAGGCAAAAGCUUUGUAUGCCUGCAAAGCUGAACACGACUCAGAGCUCUCCUUCACUGCAGGCACGGUCUUCGAUAAUGUUCACCCGUCUCAGGAGCCUGGCUGGUUGGAGGGGACUCUGAAUGGAAAAACUGGCCUCAUCCCUGAGAACUACGUGGAGUUCCUCUAACCGUGGGCCCCAGCGGAACUGCUGAGCUUUCCAUGGUAUCCAUGACAACUGCUGAGUCCAGUAUUGUAGGCCAUUUCUCAUUGCCGCUGAGAAAUGCAGGAUGACUGACUCUGCUGCUACCUGUCAACACGAGUGUUUCUGUGAACUUUGGUGUCAUCCAUCCCCAUGAUCAUCUCAGCUGACACGUGAAGACAUUGCAAGAAACUGAAGUGAAUCAGCAGGGGCAGCCAUAUGAUUUUGAUACCUGAGAGAAAGGCUUGCAAAGCCUUCAGCACCCUAAAUGGGGAACACUCAUUUUGUUUCAGUAGUCACCCAAACUUCCAGCCUUCUCAAAAUGGAAGUAGGAUCUAAGUAGUCCUCAAGAGCCUGCAGGGCUGGGUAGUGGCUCUGAGAUCCAGGCUGGGUCCAUUGCUUGUGUUUACAGUAGACACUCUAAGCCACCUCUAUAUACUUGAGACCCACAGUGCUACAGGCAGCUGGGUCUGUUUGCAUACAGGAUGGAGAGGGCUUACAGCACUAUUUACAUAAGGUCCAAUCUCUCACCAUCUCUGAAACAGCCAUUGGCCCAGCAUCAGCAGAAUUAGUCCAGUCCCCUCUUACAAGGGAACACACACACCCCACGUGCCCCUCCUCCCAAGCUAGGAACUUUUCUGCCACUGAGGGCAGCCAGCACCUUGUAACUGUGGCAACUUAACCUACUCCUAAACCAACCAAAAAUAAAUAAAUAACACAGUUGCUUUGCAUGACACUUUUUUUCUCCCCUCUCUUGAGUAGUUUUUUGUAUGGUUUUAGAACAACCUUAAUCAAAAGAUCAAAAAAUUAGAGUGGUCUGCUUAGGACAGACAGAAUGGCAGCUGGGAACUGUUUCUUUUCUGAUUUAUUUCAGCAACAUCAGGAUAUAUUUGGAGCAAACUCUAGUAACCUCUUGAGAUUAAAUUACAGGCUUAAUAUUUCUGUUCUUCCAUGCAACUGGUGUUUGCUUUCUAGGGGGCGAUAUGCUGCCUCCCGGUGGGCAACACCCUCUUCUUUCUGACUCAUUCCCUAAUGUCCUCCAGUUCACCAGCCCUUACCCCUCCCUGCUCUGCCUCUAGCCCAUCACUGACCACCCUGACAGUGCCCUGGACUGCUGAGCACUCGUGCCCUGGUGGUUUGCAGGGCUGAUUCCUAGGCCAGCCCUAUGGCCUAUAGUUUAAAAGGACAUACAUGUUCACUGCCACUAAGAAAAAGGGAAUUGUUUCUCAGGCUUUAGAGGCAUGAGACUGAUAUCAUAAGCCAUUGUGAUUCAGGAGUACACCAAAAGCUUGAGGCAUGGAAGGUGUGAUGGGUACCUUCUGAGGAAGAGAAUUUCCUGGCCCACCAGGGCUGGGGCUUGCGGAAGACUGCCUUGAGUGGGGAAGUUCAGCCUGGACAUUUCACAUUCACUUGGCUUCCAAAGGACAGAGUCUCCAGGGUCUUCCACAUUUGAAUGUCCUUGCCGGAGUGACUCUGGACAGACCAGCUCCAAACUGAUGGACUGUUCAGCUCUGCAGGACUGCAUCGGGAUGGCGGCCAUGCUCCAGAGUGUUUCCUGCUUCUGGGAUUCAUUCCUCUUUAGGGAAGUUUAAAGAAGAAAAGAAAAACUUGAAUUGUGUUGAAUUACUGUAUCUUUUACAUUUUUUUGGAAAAGAUAAACCUGUAAAUAGAGUGAUUUGAAAUUCUAUAUGGCAAAGUUUUAUAUUUGAUAUUCUUGAAGCCAGUUGCUCCACACAUUUAAGCUUUGAUUGCUGAAUAAGUGUAUAAGAGGGAGUGCAAGGAAGCAAGGUUGAAGAGAGUCAAGGUCAUUCCUCUCUGACCUUGGGGAAGGAGGAGGUAUGUCUGCACAUGCUCUGCUGGCUUUGUCGGUGGACGUAACACAUGAAUGGUGUUCAGUCUUCUUAUCCAGGUGUGUUUUUAAACAUUUCUUGAGCUUUGGAUUUGGAGGUGGAAAGAGCAUCUUCCAGCAAAGAAUCUUUCCAAGAACUCCUACUCAGUAGUGAGAUGAAGCUCAGGAUUUAAAUAGAUAGGACCAGGGCUUAGGGUUUUUGUUGUUUUUAUUUGUUUGUUUGUUUGUUUUUUCCAUUUUUCUUCUCAGGUGUAUUUCUUGGUACCCUAAGAAUAUCAUCAGGACAGAAAGAUAUAGGGUAAUUGUGUCCUCCUUAUAUGUAACUCUUCUGCACAUCUUCCAAGACUUUGUGAAUAAGGCCAAGCUAGUUUGCAAGCAUUGUAUGUGUCCAAGUUCUAAGAAACACUGGUGAUUUAGGAUCUUUAAUUCUCAAUAUGCUGCAGCUUCCCCUUUUCCUGAACAUGUUUAUGCCCUUCCUGUUUAUCUCAGAUUUCCUAUAACCCCAAGUGAGGGAAAAACUCCAAAGAGUAAUGGAGAUUGUGCCAUUAGAGCUUUCGAGAUGGUUUUCAAGUUAAUAGGAGUAUAUCAUUGUGACUCAGUUCAUGAACUCAAGGGUUACACACACAGCUAUUACCCAGGAGCUCACCCAGCAGCAGUCGAGACACUACCACUGAAUCAGGGGAUUAGGAUUAAGACUGGACAAGACCCAGAUAGGACUCAGGAAAGCUAUCAUUGAAAACCUAAGAAGAAAGGGAACUCAUGAACUACGCCUGCUCCGUGUGGACUUUGAACAGCUUGGAAACCUGUUCCAGGGGGCCUGAGGCAACAAGCACACUUUGCCACUGUGCUUUUCAAAUAGGAGGAGUGCAACAUAAUUCUUCUAAUGCAUUUGAUGUUUUAUAUUGUCACCAGCCGCACUGAAACCUUAGCUAGAGCUAACAUGGAGUAGCAAAAGGCUCAGGUCCUGGCUUGGGAGUGCCUUGCUGAAGCAUACCUGUGGACACUCAGCCCCAGCUUGACCACUUGGAAGCAUGUCCCUCCCUCCUCAUUUAGCCCUGAUUGGAAGCCAGAGGGAAAUGGAGCUGUUGCCAAUGGGAAUUUUUAGGUAGAUUCCUUCCCAGUGUCCCUGUGGCUAUGCUGGGCCAGUGACAGAUGGCUGCUCUGUUUCCUUUCCCCAGCCAGGCUUACCUCCUCCCCAUUUGCUAUAGACCUGGAGAUACUGUUCAGAAUACAAGCCAACAAACAGGAAGAAUUUUGGAGACUAAAAAUGGAUUCUACCCUCUCCACUAUCUCUGCCUUCCAUCCAUUAUUCUCUCUGCUUGGAUAGGGAGGGAACUUCAGGAUGGGUUAGGGGAGUGGACUAGGUAUUAGGUUGGAAGACUGUUGACCAAGAUCCCUGAGUUUUCCCAGGGGGUUUUAUUUCUUUUGUAAGGCUCUGGGAUCUGCUUGGCAUGCAGAGCCUGAAUCUUUUUUGGGUAUUAAGAUCAGUCUCUCACUUCUUCAUGUAUUCACAGAAGGUUGUAUCUGCAGAAUGUCAUAAGAAAAUAACUAGUUUCAAACCCCUGCCCCCUAGGCAAGUAAGUUCCUGAUUCAUUAAAGACUGGUAAUGUCUCUUCUCUUUUCAAAAAUAAACAUGUAGGGGUGGGCCCCAUAUAAGCACCACCUUCCUUGAUAUCUUGUAAGUGGAGCAGUUUUUAGCUCACUGUUUCGUAUUUCGAUAGCCAAUAUGUGUUUUCUAAUGUCAGACCAAACUGUCUUUUUCAGCAUCAUUCCAGUUCAUCCCCUCUUACUGAGGUUUUUUUUGUUGUUUUUUUGUUUUUGUUUUUUUUUAACAGAGGCAAAGAGAGAAAUGAGCAAUCGAGUACUGGCAGACUGGCAUUAGUAGGACAGUCAUGCUAAUGACAAGGUCAUUUCAGGCAUUUGUUGGGGCUCCAUGUUUGUGUGUGCCAUACGUUGCUCGAAAAGAAGUCCUUCUACCAACUGCAUUUGUGUCUCCUGAAAUAGCAACCCCAGUCUCACCAGAAGUUCUGUCUUCUGUGACUCCAGAAACAUCCAUGAUUGAGGGGUAGGGAGACAGAAAUAAUUGGCUGACAAUCACUUGAUCACCUGUUCGUGACUGUCUAUUGGCACCUUUCAUCCUCCGGCUUCUGUUUCCAAAAACAAGUCUGGACCACCCAUAUUCGUGGACACAGGACCACCAGGCGCAACAGUGGCCGUCAUGGCACUUACAGUUUCCCUAGAACUGAAUGUCUUAUGAGCAUCCAUAUCACCCAAGUAGGUAACCAGCACUGAAGAAACCAAACAGCCUCUUAGCUACCUGACUUCAAAAGAAAUGUCCUAGGUAUUCUAUCUCGGGAGUUAUCUAUCAUCUCUGGCGAACUUGAUAGUCAUCAAUUACCUAGACAGCCCUGCCCCACAUCUCUUUCAAGUCAACUGGGUGUCCUCUCACACACCCUGUGCUGGUGUUUAAAAAAUUUAUCCUGUGCUCAGAUGUGUUUGGCAGCCAUGCUGAUCUGCCGGGUGCUGAACCACUUCUCUGUAAUUGUAGCAUCACAAUGACAACAGCAGGAGAGGAGUGCAUGUCGCAUAGUUCUGCAGCGUGCCUGGGACAGCGCUCCAACAAGUAAUCAUUAGCUUCCCCCGCCUUCGACACCUGCAGUACUUGUCUAACUAAAGAGCUUCCCGAAGCAGAGGGAGAGGCCCUACAGAACAUCCAGGCGUCAUGCGGAGCCAGUCCUUGCUGAAAUGUGGUCUUGUCGUGGAAGCACUUGUAUUCUUGGGAGAGCAAGUAUUCAGUGUAAACUAAUGCUAGGAGCAGAGAGAGAGAAAAAGGCAAACCACGCUGAAGGACUUUGGGUUUUUUUUAACUAGAAUACAAUUCUUAAUAGAAGAAGGAAAAACCUGUCACACAAAGUUCACAACUAAUAUUUCUAGGGAAGUUAUAAAGGACACUACAAGAUGGCAGGACAUUUCAAGGUGGAAUGCUUUAGAGAACAAAGGCUUGGCAAAGUGCUAGGCCCAUGUAAGGGUGGCAUUUACUAUUACGUAAAAAAUCUCUUUAGUCAGAACCAGAGUACUGGUAAUCAAAAUGUCAGAACCGCCGCAGUCGUCCUGGAGAGAUGAAGACGCUCCACGCCGUUCUAUGUUGACCGUUUCUGGUGCAAACAGUUACGAGCAGCGUCCUUGGGUGUCCAGACGCCAGGGUCGGCCUCGUGCCUGUGAAAAGAGGUUCAUCUGAUGAUUCUAAAGUAUAUAUGCAUUAGUGUGUGUUUGUGUAUGUGUAAUGUGUGUGUAUAGUGCACAUUUACGUAUGUGAAGAUACAGACUCAUAUAGAAACCCACAUAAGCUGGCAGUAGCUGAGCCUUUACAGCCUUUAAGAUUUGAAGGUUGACAAUUCAAGACACAAGAGAGGCUGUUGAUUGACUGUCAAAAUGAUCAGAGAUGUAAAUUAAGUGCCAUUUUAAAACUUUGUUCCUAUCUAUCAAAUGGUUACUAUCUACAGCUAUAUUCCAUGUUAACUUAUUAUUAAAACUCAUGUUGCAAAAAGAUCAGAUUCAUACGUGGUUAGUAGCUAAUACCAGGCUAGUGUUCAAAAGCACUCUAAAGGAUAUUUUGUCCAUAUUUUGGAGAAGAAGAUGUUUGCAUGUUUAAUUCAUAAUUUAGGCUACCUUUGGAUAUAUUAUAAAGUGCUGUGUGAUAUAAUGUAAGUCAAGUACUUAAAAAUGGCACUUUAAUGUUUUUUUAAAUCAUAAAUAAUGCACUGUUUUAAACUUCAGUUCAGUAUUGAAUAUUGACUGGUGUAGAGAAUCCAACUCAGUAAUUAAAAAGUAAUUUGUGGCUAGAAUAGGACUUUUUUCCCAUUAUUACUGGAACAGUUUUGCCAUGUAUAAGCUUUUUAAAAAAGUGCUUUUGCGUCACCUAAGCAUAUCUACAAAAAAAAUACAAUUUCUGUUGAGUGGCCUCUGAAAUUUGGCUUUCUUACAUUUCGUUGGUUUACGUGACAAUCCCUAUAAAAUGAGUGGAAGUAUGAUUUUUUAAUUAAAUGACUUUUCCAUUUGA